AAUUUCGCCAAGUCCACAAGUCAGUCGAUUAAUAAAUUGAUCGUUCAAGGAAACAGGUUACCAAAUUCGCGCAUGUCCCUGAAUUAGUUCGGCCUGUUUCUAUAGGUAGGGCUGCCUCGACGUACGGGCACAGUAAGCUUCUAGGCGUCGGGACGCUCGGCGUCUGUGUCUCUACUUGUCAGUGUGAGUGGGAGUGUGUCUGGGCCGGAUAAGUAUAUAACGACUUUUGUCAAUAUAUUACAGUGUUACUUUUUUGUGAUUAGUACGAAAUUGAACGAGUCAAUUAUUUAUCGAACAGAAUUAUGCAUAUAAAAAUGAUAACACGUGGUGUCAAGAUAUUGAAGAUCGUUAAGGCGGACAUUAAAGGAUUACGUAUGCUCCAUACCAAUAACCAGAAGAUACCAGAGCAAUACAACUUAUACGCCUUACGACGACACGUAAAGCGACUAAUUGACUUGGGCAAAGAACCCACGUGUGCAGCAUGGCAAUGACCGGAUUACAGUGACAGAAAUACUCUGCCACACUGAUUGUCUCGGCACAAGAAAUGGACGAUCGUACCUAACAACGUGAAAUUGCGAACAACUACGUAUUUGGAAGCGGCUUUUGGAUGUGCCUUGGAAUUAGAACAUUCGCACGUACGCGAGUACAGCUUCAUUCAUGACAGCCACUACGUGUAUGCCAGGGAUCAAGAUCAAGUGCGAAAUGCCGAAGACGUCCUGUUUGAUAUGUUCAAAAAUGAAGAGACGGGUUUAUUAUCAGUGGGCAAAUUUUUGGCGGCAUUACGGACGACAGGACUAAAAAGAAAUGAUCCUCGACUUAAAGAACUAAGUGAUAAUUUGAAAAAGGAACAUUUGAAGACUGGUGGACACGAGAGUAUUUCUCACGAAACACAAAAAUUGGACAGAGAACAAUUUAGAAGAAUUAUCAGCCCAAACAUUGUUCUGAUAUCGAGAGCGUUCAGGCAUCAAUUUAUAAUUCCAGACUGGGCUGGAUUCACAAAACACAUUGAAGAUUUCUAUUGGACAUGCAAAUCUAACACCGAAGGCAAAGUUGCAUCAUAUAUACCACAAUUAGCUCGUAUGAAUCCUGAAUAUUGGGGAGUUUCUGUUUGUACAAUUGAUGGACAAAGAUUUAGCAUUGGUGACACAUCGAUACCUUUCACAAUGCAAAGCUGCAGCAAACCUUUGACCUACGCAAUUGCACUGGAAAGAUUAGGACAAGAAACUGUGCAUCAGUAUGUUGGCCAAGAACCCUCAGGACGCAACUUCAAUGAACUCGUAUUGGAUUACAACAAAAAACCUCAUAAUCCCAUGAUCAAUGCUGGAGCCAUAUUGAUUUCCUCUUUAUUGAAAACUCUGAUAAAACCUGAAAUGACGCUGGCUGAAAAGUUUGACUAUAUUAUGAAUUAUUUCAAGCGCUUGGCCGGAGGUGAAUAUUUGGGAUUUAACAAUGCUGUUUUCUUAUCUGAACGAGAGGCUGCUGACAGAAAUUAUGCACUUGGAUUUUAUAUGAGAGAACACAAAUGUUAUCCUGAGAAAACAAAUCUUAGGGAAAUUAUGGAUUUUUACUUCCAGUGCUGUGCCAUGGAGGCUAAUUGCGAAUCCAUGUCUGUAAUAGCUGCCACUUUGGCAAAUGGAGGAAUUUGUCCUAUUACUGAAGAAAAAGUUCUCAAACCCGACAGUGUUAGAGAUGUCCUAAGUCUAAUGCACAGUUGUGGAAUGUAUGAUUAUAGUGGACAAUUUGCAUUCAAAGUUGGUAUACCAGCGAAAUCUGGUGUUUCUGGAAGUCUCUUAGUUGUCAUUCCAAAUGUAAUGGGAAUUUGUACCUGGUCACCGCCACUAGAUCCUCUUGGAAAUUCUUGCAGAGGUGUACAAUUCUGCGAGGAACUCGUGACAGAAUUUAAUUUCCACAGCACCUACUAUGAUCACAGGUACGAUAAUCUCAAGUAUGCGACCAACAAAAAGGAUCCAAGGAGACACAAAUUCGAGACUAAAGGACUGUCAAUUGUCAAUCUACUGUUCAGCGCUGCCAGUGGCGACGUCACAGCAAUGAGAAGGCAUCGUUUAAGUGGCAUGGAUAUGAAACUGUCAGAUUACGAUGGCAGAACGGCUUUGCAUUUGGCAGCAAGUGAAGGUCACUUGGACUGUGUGGAAUUUCUUAUAGAACAAUGUGGCGUACCGCAUGAUCCAAAGGACAGGUGGGGAAAUUUACCUAUUGACGAAGCUGAGACUUUUGGUCACACUCAGGUUGUCGAGUACCUGAAAAAUUAUGCAGUUGCAUAUCAGUCGGAACAGGAGAAUAAGAAAAGUGGAUCGAGCGACACGGAAAGCGUUUCCUCUGGAAAGGUCUCUGACCCAUCUGAUAAUUCGCCAUUAACGUGAAUCAUAUAAUUUGAGUUUAUUGCGAGAAUCCUUGCUUAAAAAAAUCCAUUAAAAUCAAUAGAGAUAUUUAGGUAUCCUAUUUGAUUACAAUCGAAGGCAUUUGUAUUCCGAUUGAAAAUUAUUCGGAAUGAAUAGGAUAUCAUGCCCAGUGUGACUUUAUUAGUGAUUAUCCAAUUAACAAAAAAUUUUUAAUUAAUAGAAAUCUCAUUCAUUCUCAAAAAUAAUUAUUUUUAAGAUUUAAUAGGAAAUUUCAGAUGCAUAAAUUUGAUUUCUUCCCAGCAAUUAUUGUCAAUCGGUUUUAAUUGAAUUUUUAAAGCAGGGACGAGAAAAAGAGAGAAUGUGUGAUAGAUGGUCAAAAAUUAUACGACUGUGUUACGAAAAAUUAUUGAAGGAUCAUUCGUGUUUAGAAAAAUAUUUGAAAUUUUCAAAACUAAACAUUUUUUCCCGGCAUAUAGUUUUGAAAUAAUCCAAUUGCAAAAUCUAACUACAAGUUUUACUUUUAGUUAUGAAAUAUGUAUUCUAACGUGAAUUCCGAAAAUUAGAGCGUCUUUAAUUGAUCUUGAAUAAUUCUCAAGGAUUUUGUGCUAUGACUCAUUCGCGCGAGGUCUUAGACAUAUACAUAUAUCUUACUGGAUAGAAACUUCCGAGCACGGUGCCAUUGUUCUUUUCUCUAUUAUUUUUUUUUUAAAUUAAUUUAAAAAGUUAAAAUUUAGGUCAAUUUAGUGAAAUACUUUUUGCGGCAUAGAUAAGAUAAUAAAUUAUUUCAAUGACCUAUUCGUAUUGUUAUAUCUAUAGUUAGAAUUUUUGAAAAUGCGACUAGUUGGAGUCGCGGUUAAAUAUUUUUUCCAACGAUUUCAAAAAGACAAUAAUCUUAUUAUCAAAGGGCUAUAGAAUACUAUACAAAGGACGAUAAACUUAUCACCUGAAGUUAAGUUUGUUCAUUUGAUUUUUAUGAUAAAACCAUCUAUAGGUGGUACAUUUUUCGUGAAUAACCCUAUAUAUGUAUGUGUAUAUCGAAACCACUGGGAAUGAAUGAAUUUUUUUUCUAUUUAUCCGUCGAAUCGUAGCGAUGAAAAAGGGAUACCAUAAAUAAAAAAAAUUGUUAUUGAAUACUCAUAUGUAUAUUAAAUAUCGCUACGUCUUAUGUUCCUAGAGAGAAUUUUCGUAUAAUAGAAAAUUAAUAUCCUUAAAAACUCUUAUAUAGAUUCAGUAUUAAAGUUUUCGACUUAAGUCACUUUUACUUAUAUCUCUACAGUUUACAUUGAUCGUCGAUGCAUUCUAAUAUUUAUAAUUAACAUUGAUUACACAAUCGCUUAUCUAUUAAGUCAAACUUACUGUUAAGCAAUUUCAGAAUAUUCAUACUGCGUGGCAAGAAUAAAUCUGUAUAAAAAUAGUUUAACUAAAAAAACAGUCAAUCGUAUGUCCACGCACGUAUGUAAUAUACCAUAUAUCUGUAAAAUAAAAAUUGGAAAAUAUUUAAGCA